AUGUCUUCGGCGCCCGAGAAGCAGCAGCCACCGCACGGCGGCGGCGGCGGCGGCGGCGGCGGCGGCGGCGGCGGCGGCGCGGCCAUGGACCCCGCGUCGUCCGGCCCGUCCAAGGCCAAGAAGACGAACGCCGGCAUCCGGCGCCCGGAGAAGCCGCCCUACUCGUACAUCGCGCUCAUCGUCAUGGCCAUCCAGAGCUCGCCCACCAAGCGCCUGACGCUCAGCGAGAUCUACCAGUUCCUGCAGAGCCGCUUCCCCUUCUUCCGCGGCUCCUACCAGGGCUGGAAGAACUCCGUGCGCCACAACCUCUCGCUCAACGAGUGCUUCAUCAAGCUGCCCAAGGGCCUCGGGCGGCCGGGCAAGGGCCACUACUGGACCAUCGACCCGGCCAGCGAGUUCAUGUUCGAGGAGGGCUCCUUUCGGCGGCGGCCGCGCGGCUUCCGAAGGAAAUGCCAGGCGCUCAAGCCCAUGUACAGCAUGAUGAACGGGCUCGGCUUCAACCACCUCCCGGACACCUACAGCUUCCAGGGCUCUGCCGGCGGCCUCUCGUGCCCGCCCAACAGCCUGGCGCUGGAGGGAGGUCUGGGCAUGAUGAACGGCCACUUGCCGGGCAACGUGGACGGCAUGGCUUUGCCCAGCCACUCGGUCCCCCACCUGCCUGCCAACGGCGGCCACUCGUACAUGGGCAGCUGCGGCGGCACGGCGGCCGGGGAGUACCCGCACCACGACGGCUCGGUUCCCGCCUCCCCGCUGCUGCCUGCGGCGGCUGGCGGGGUCAUGGAGCCCCACGCCGUCUACUCGGGCUCAGCGGCCGCUUGGCCUCCCUCUGCCUCGGCGGCGCUCAACAGCAGCGCCUCCUACAUUAAGCAGCAGCCCCUGUCCCCCUGCAACCCCGCGGCCAACCCCCUGUCCGGCAGCCUCUCCACACACUCCCUGGACCAGCCGUAUCUGCACCAGAACAGUCACAACGCCCCUGCUGAGCUGCAAGGCAUCCCGCGGUAUCACUCGCAGUCGCCCAGCAUGUGUGACCGAAAGGAGUUCGUCUUCUCUUUCAACACCAUGGCAUCCUCGUCCAUGCACUCGGCCGGCGGCGGCUCCUACUACCACCAGCAGGUCACCUACCAAGACAUCAAGCCCUGCGUCAUGUGAGGCCACAGCUCCGGGGUCCCUCCGGGCAGGGGCCGGGCGCAGGGACUUUGGAACCCGUUACCAGAAACUGCUUUUUUUUUUUUUUUUUUUUGAGGUAUAACCAUCGGCAGAAAAAAAGGGUUUGACCCCUCCCCAACCGGAUUAUUGGGAAAGGGAUCCCACGAGGCAAAGACCCAGCGAGGUCGGCACCUCCCCCCACCACCACUCCCUCAACAUUUUUUUUUUUUAAUGGUGAUGGUGGGGGCCUGAUCUGACUGCAGCUGUUGAUAAAUAAGUAUCUAUUUUUGAUCGGACUGAAACCAGCUGAGAAGGUGCUGUGUUGGGGAAGAACUCUCAACAUCUGAACACGCAUUUCUGCUGCGGUCUCUCCCCCUCUCCCCUAUCCACGGCGAAUGUCGGGGAAGGUUUUUAGGAGAAAGGCGAACGUGUGAAACCGUCAUUAUCAAAUACUUUUAUUUUUUGGUUGAGUAUUUAUCGUUUUAUUUUUAAUUUUUUUUGAAAGAAUGUCUUGGAAUACGCGUCUCCUUUUUAGAGCCGUCUCUUGUAGGGAAAGGAGGAGGCAACAAGAAAUCGCCCUCUCCCUCCCCACCUCAGAAGUCCUCCCGUCUGCCACAGGUGGAUCCUUGUGCGAGUAACUUGCAUUUCUGAAGCCACUGCUCAUCUUAGCAAAGAAACCAGGAGCCCAGAAGCAGGCGGCUCUCCCGGCCUCUGCUACCGUCCUCCUCCGCCUUCCUCUCCUUCCUUCUCUUCAGGCUUUUUUGGUUUGAUUUCGAACUUCGUUUUGACUUGUUUGGUGGGUCUCCGAUCUCUACUGUAAGCCCUCUGUUGGGAGCGUGAGGCAGGCCGGGCACCGUGGGGAUGGGGAAGGCCCGCCGAGCGCCCUGAGUCAGGAUUGCGGUGACGCAGAAAGGUUAAGGCACUUUUUAAAAAAAAAACGAUAGCAAGGCUCAUCCUGUUAUUUAUUCUACUUUCUUUCCCUAAUAACCGAAACACCGCAUAGGCUCCUCCGUUUAUCAGUAUUAAUGGUGUAACUUUGUUGGCAAUAUUUGCCGCGUAGAAUUUUUUUUUUAGAUAUCCAUUGUAAAUUUGAAACUAAGUCCGAUCUGUGUAAAGACAAAUUUCCAUAUGUUUUAUAUAAAUAUAUAUAUAUAUAAAAUGAAGGACUCCCCCCCUUUUUUUUUUAGUAUUUUGGCUGCUGAGGUGCAGCGUUUGUGACACGUAUUUUAAAUUUCCUUCUGCACUGUAUAAAAAUGACAAUUUGAGGAUGUUUUUGCCUUUUGUGUAUUUUUCCUAAAAAAGAACAAAAAUAAAAAUGUAUAACAUUUGUAUAUGGCCUUAUAUUGUAUCAACUAGAAAUAAAAUUGCAUGAGUAUUUUAUUGGGAUUGCAGAAUAUCUUCAAAAUA